CCAAAGGAUUUUCUUUUGCCCUUUUGCUUUUAAUAAAUCCACAAGAAGCUUCUCCUCUGCAAACCAAUCGAAUUGUUAGGGAUGAAUUCGAGUAAACUCUAAUCUGUCUUCCAUCGAUUUCUUCUGCAGACUAACUCAGUUUUUCUUUCUGGUAGUGGGCUGUGCGUUUGGAGUUUGAUUUAUCUAUGGGGACUACUGUGGUUGGAACUGUUGAGGACUGCAGGGAGAUGUUUGAUGUCAGUGCUCAGACGCCUUUUUCCUCAACAAAUCAGAUUGGGAAUCCUGUUGCCUACAAACUUGUCCGGGUUGCAGGAGAUGGGAGACUAGUCCCUGCAACUGAUGAAGAAAUUUUGGAGGUCAAUGAGACCGAUACGCAUGCUUGUCUGACUUUUGACUACCUUCCAGCCCAAGAAACUUCUCAAGUUAUCAAUUUAGGUUUACUGCGGUCUGACAAUGUAGAACCAUCUACAGACCAGGUGAGUUCUCAAUCUGAUUAUGGCGAGGAGUUGUUGCAAAAGGUAGAACAGGAUGAUAGGCUUGUCAUGGUUUCUACUCCUCCAGAUGCCAACAUCCGGUGUUGUAAUGAAAACAACAUGUUCGACGAGGAUCAAGUCCACCAUGACCAUGAGCCCCUUCCUUUCUCAUCAGAUGUUCAGAAAGGAUGCGAUUCUAAUACUGUUGAACCAUGCUCAGACGCAGCAUCUAGUCCAAAAGAAACUGCAUUGCCUCCUGCUGCUGGAAAACCUGAUUUUUCUUUAGUUAGAGGUGAGAUCUGCUUGAAUAACUUGCCUAUUAAAGCACUGCAAGAAACAUUCAGAGCUACGUUUGGACGAGAGACGACUGUUAAGGACAAGACGUGGCUGAAAAGGAGGAUUACAAUGGGACUUACCAAGUCCUUUGAUGUACCAACCACUGACCUGACAAUUAAAGAUAACAAGCUAGUUGGAAGUCAACACAAAGCCAAUGAUGUAGGUGAUGAUGUAAGAGCUACUAGCCUGAAAGAAGCACCAUCUAGUAGUGCUGAAGAUUUAUCCGGUGAAGAGAGGGCUGCAAAAAGAGUUAGGAAACCUACACGAAGAUACAUUGAGGAACUCUCAGAAACGGAUGAAAAACAGAUAACUGACAAGUCGGUGUUGUUUCCUUCAAAGCAUCAGAGGCUAUCUGAAAAAUCUGAGGUCAGGUCUGUGAGCGUCUCAUCAGGGAAGAGAGUUACCGUCACCAGGGUGGUGCCCCUUGGUGGAUCUGAGGUUGAGGUUCCUUAUGUUUCUCAUGUCCGGAGAAGCCGUCCAAGGGAGAACGUUAUGGCUCUUAUGGAAUGUCAUACCAGUUGCUUGGAAGCAAAAGCUAGUGCAGUAGAGAAUAACCUGUUGAACAGUGAGGUUGUGAGCCCAGGUUCAGUGGUUAAGUCAGCUUCUGGACCAAUCCAGAUAGAAUUUGCUACAAGUCACAACAACAACAACGAGGAGGUGCAUGUACUCACUGAGGUUGAUCAAGACAUGGAGCUAGAUCACGUAGACUCAUCUGGAAAUAGCUCGGAUGACUAUAAUAACACUAGCGCGCCAACGAUGCAAGGAGGUGGACUUAGAAGGAAGCAUCAUAGAGCUUGGACGCUGUCUGAGGUUACAACGUUGGUAGAAGGUGUAUCCAAGUAUGGAGCUGGGAAGUGGUCUGAAAUCAAAAAGCUUUCCUUCUCAUCUUAUUCACACCGUACCUCUGUAGAUCUCAAGGAUAAAUGGCGAAAUCUCCUGAGAGCAAGCUUUGCUCAGAAUCCCUCAAACAGCAUGGGAAGUUUCAAGAAACAUGGGUCGAUGCACAUUCCUAUGGAGAUUCUGUUGCAGGUGAGGGAGCUCGCAGAGAAGCAAUCACUGGUCCCACCGAAUCACCGAUGAGACAAGGAAACAAAAAGAUUCAACUUCUUAAUGUAGCUGAGUUUUGUAAAAUAGCCAACUAAAGUAAGAGAGACAAGAACGAUGAGAGUUUAUGUAACUUUAUAAAGAAGCUUUGUUAGUUAUAUAUGCGAGAGAACACUAUUAAGAAGUGUCUUUCUCUGAACUGGGCCUUCCCUAACUGGAUCCAUAAUCUUUUUAUCUAUUGGUCUUCUUGACCCAGACUUACGUGUA